AUGGCGGAUGAGGCUAUCGCAAGCCACUACCAAGUCCUCGAGGAACUCGGUCGUGGCAGCUUUGGAGUAGUAUACAAGGGUAUCGAGAAGGCGACGGGAGAGGUUGUCGCCAUCAAGCAUAUCGACCUCGAGUCGACGGACGAUGAUAUUCAAGACAUCCAAGCCGAAAUAUCGGUGCUGAGCACAUGCGCCAGCUCUCAUGUUACCCAGUACCGGGCCAGCUUCUUGCGCGGCAGCAAAUUAUGGAUCGUCAUGGAGUAUCUUGGUGGCGGCUCAUGUCUGGACUUGCUCAAGCCCGAGCCCUGCUCCUUUAGCGAAACCCACAUCGCCAUCAUUUGCCGCGAACUCCUAACUGGACUCGAAUAUCUCCACGCAGAGGGCAAGAUUCACCGAGAUAUCAAGGCCGCCAACGUGCUUCUGUCAGAGACGGGCAAGGUCAAGCUGGCCGACUUUGGUGUGGCCGCCCAAUUGACCAACAUCAAGUCGCAACGAAACACCUUCGUUGGCACUCCCUUCUGGAUGGCACCCGAGGUUAUCCAACAAGCCGGAUACGACUUCAAGGCAGAUAUUUGGUCUCUCGGCAUCACCGCGCUGGAGAUGGCCCACGGAGAGCCGCCCCAUGCCGACCUCCACCCCAUGAAGGCGCUCUUCCAGAUUCCCAAGAACCCCCCGCCUCGCCUCGAGGGCAAUUUCUCCAAGGAUUUCAAGGACUUUGUCUCCGAGUGCCUGAUGAAAGACCCCGACUAUAGGCCUUCGGCGAAGGAAAUGCUGAAGCAUCGAUUCAUCCGCUACGCCGGCAAGGUGGAGGCACUGCAAGAGCUGAUCGAGCGUCGACGCUCUCACGACGCCUCAAAGACGAGCAGGAGAAGCCGGGCUGUCUACCAAGAGACCCUCCACACAAUAUCGCCAAAGGAUGAGCAGGACGAGUGGGUCUUUGACACGGUCAGAUCGGUCGCCCCCAGGAAGACAACCGUCAAGUCUCGGAAACCAUCGUCUAUUUUCUCCACCGAGGACGCCAUGCGCAGGCUGGACAGAUUAGACGUCAAGGACGGGCCGUUGCAGUCAUCGUCGCCGGCUGCAACCCCGUCAACCGUUCGAAAGGCCACAAACACCGUCCGCAAACAGCACUCCUUUGCACAGAUGUCUGGAACUGGAUCUAUGCGAGGUCCGCCAGGCCCAGCCCUUAAGAAGCCGCUCCAGCCAGACAUGUCUUUUGGAAACGCCGGCUCAUCCCAGCGCCUGUUCAAGAGAGUGCCCUCUGACAGCUCCACUUCUGGACAGGUCUCAUGGCCUGAGUCGGACGAUGUAUUCACAAACGAGAACAGACACCCACAGACUACGGAAGCCAACAACAAGGAAGCGGUGCUUGGUCGCCGCUUGUAUGCGAAGGCAGUGGAACCUACGCUUGCCGAGCUGCACGCUCAGACGUCGUCUCUUGCCAGGCGAGAGGCUCUCGCCAACUUCUCUGACGCCUUUGCAGGCCUGAAUGCGGUGGACCCGGAGGGUGCGUAUCACAUGAUGCAAGGUCUCAUGGCUUCCAUCUCGCAAGAUUCAAAGCUCGCGAACGCCUUCCUCCCAAGGCCCAGCUCGAUGAAGAGCAUAGACAGCGAUACGCCCCAAGGAACGGUGAUAAUUAAGAGCACACCUAACCACAGCCCGACGAAACUGGUUCUCGCGUCGAACAACCCUCAUCUGAAGAGCCAUCGACGACGCCAGGAUAGCGUGGUGUUUGAUGCGAACGGUAGUCCUGAAAAGGCUAUCGACCGGGAGAAGGCAGCGCUAAUGGCCAAAUACCCCGGCCGCGAACCACAGCCUGGUAUGGAGCACUCCAGGCAGCUCUCUGAUGUCCUCUACGGACGCUGGGUGGACGGAUUGCGGCUUCGCUGGCCGAACAUGUAA